UCAAUACAAGUAUUUGCAGUAACAGCAGACGCUAUUCCACGGCAAGUGAAACAAAUUUUAAUGAAAUUAUUUACCCACCACCACCAAUUGUCUAUCCAUAUGGCGGCACAUUCAAGUUUCUUAUGGGAAUUGCGAUGCCGAUAUUGUCAGGAAGAAGACUUUUGACGUACAGUCAAAAUUUUCAAUUCCAAUACCCGUUGCCCCAAAACGCAACAACGUUUACAAAUUAUUUUUCCUCAUUAAAAAAACGUCGACGCAGAUCUAUAUCCGGUAAUGAUGAAAGAAGAAUAUUCUAUGAAUUACUAGAACACGAAUUACAAAGAUGGAGUGGAAACGGCAAAGCGUGUAUGCUAAAAAGUAUAUGCGAGGCAUCAAGUGUUCCGCUAAACCGUGAAAGUCUUGUUGAAAAUUUGUUACACGUCGUCUUGACCCCGGACUAUGGUAAUAAUUCGACAUUUGCUGACAAGGAUUACUUAGAAGCUUCUCAAGCUGGAAGACGUGGAGAUGAUUGCACAGUAAUCUACUCACACUGUCCCAAAGGAUAUGGAUUGCUUGAUUCAAUAUCACGAAUUUAUUCAUUUUAAAAUUGUAAUAAAAAAAUAUAAAUUAAUAAAAUAUUUAUU